GAAAGGCUACGAUUUUUAUAAAGUUUGGUUAGGUACAGAGUAAAGUGCGGUUAUGUUGCAUGUGAAAUCGGUGCGAAACUGAGAAAUUCCAUAAAAUUGAAGACAUUUUGAUUAAAGUUCCCCACGCUUUGGGUUGUUUUGUUUAUACUUCGAUAUUUAAACAAUUAGAAACUGUAAAAUGUUUUAGCCUGCUUUCCAGCGCUUAUUAGGAAUGUGUAAUUUUAAUGAUAAUCAAACUAUAGAAAAUUACAGGAUUGUAAGUUCUGAGGCACUGCGUCUAUAAUUUGAGACAAAUCGUGUUUUCUUCAGUGUUUAUGAAUAUUCCAAAGCGCUGCAAAGUUUAAGGUACUUCGGAGGAUUUUAGUGGACUUCGUCAGAUACCCUUUAUUACAUGAUGGCAACUACUAAAGAGGAACUAGAAGUGAAAAACAGUAUCAAAGCCUUACUGACAUCAAGCCCUUGUGUAUCUACAAUAAGCAGUCUGCAAAAGGAGUACGCAGACUUGAUUGGGGAACCGAUACCGUACAAAAAAUUGGGCUAUAAUGGUUUGGAACAUCUUUUGAAAAGUAUUAAAGAUGUAUGCAUUGUGAGAGGAUGUGGGUGGUACGCUGAAGUCUACCCAGUUGUAACUGAGGACAUCGCCCAUAUUAACGAAAUGGUGACAAGACAAAAAGUAACUCCAAAAAAUCGCAAGUUUGCAAUGCCCAGACGCAGAUUUAGCACACCUGUACCCGUUUCAAAUUACAGUAGAAGUCCUUUCGCAUAUCAAAACAGCCCUAUAAACACAACACCAAAUUCUCGAAGUACCGUUAAGGAGAAUAUGGUGAACAACGCAUCUGGAGUGUGUGCAACCAAUACGGCUACUACCACCAUAAGAACCCAUGGUUUGACUGCUAAUACUGGCGCUACCACUCCAAGUUCAACUCCCCAGAGGAGUAAUUGUCAAAGAAAUCUAUCACAUAUAAACGAAAAUCCGAGUAGAUUAAUCGAGUUUAAGACGACAUUAACACGAAACUCGAAUCUACAAGUUGAUCAAUUAAAGAGUAAUGUGGAAAAAGAUAGUGGCCAUGCAGUACAGCACUCUCCCCAAAAUAGUAUUAAUAGAGAUGAUGCCCAAAGCAGCCAUAUGAGUUUCCAGGCAGUUAAGGAAACCUUUGAGGAAGAUAUUUCGAAUGUUCCGCAAAAAGUGCAAGAUAACUUAAAGACACUAAUCGCCCAAUAUCCAGAUGGAAUUUGGGCCAGUGAUUUGCCUACCGCAUACAUGAAAUUGUUUAAACGAGUUCUGUUCUAUAAAGAUUAUGGAUAUGUGAAUCUUGUGGACAUGUGUAUAGCUUUAAAGCACAUAUUUCAUUACAUUCGACCAGGACUUGAUGAUUUUAAGUUAUUUGAUAAGAGUAAACCGUUUCCGGAGUCUGCCGAGAAAUAUUGGACUAUAUCUAGCAGCGGACAAGCAGCAAAGAAGCCAUCACAUAUUGAACCGUUACCAGAUCUAGAUUGGUCUGAUUUUAAAGACCGAUUACCUAGUGACAUAUUUCCAUAUGGCCAAAUCAUACCGAAUCAGUUUUUACCCAAAUCGACUAGAGUUGGCGAUGUUUUCGACGCUGUGGUAGUAGAAGUAUACGAUCCGUCCAAAUUUUGGUUUUAUCUAGGCAAUUCUGUGAAUAAGACUCCUUUAGAUGAUUUAAUGGAUCAAUUACAGUAUUUUUAUAAUGACUCAACUAAUGCACAAGAGUAUGCUGUUCCGCGUGCUGUUAUUAAAGAAGGCCUUUAUUGUGUCCAAAUUAUUAUUGGAGAAUAUCAUCGCGCCAAAGUUAUUAGGGUUUUACCCCAAGAAGAUUGUGUACGGCUUUUCUUUAUUGACUACGGAAGCAUUUCUAAAGUUCCUAUGAAAGGGCUUUGUUUUCUACGGUCUGAAUUUGCUGCUCUUCCUGCUCAAGGUAUUCGAUGUAGAUUAGCAAACAUCGCUCCUGUGACAAAAGGAAUAACUUGGUGUCGAACUGCAGUUAAUACAUUUCGGGAUAUGAUUAAUCGCAAAGACACUAAAAUCAAAAUUAGCUACAUUGAUUGGCAGGAAGAGUUUGUAUGUGUUUUCCUUGCCGAUGUGACCGAGCUUAAUAAUGUGCAUUAUGUGAACGAGAAGCUAGUUAAGGAAGGCAUUGCUGUAUGGUGCGAAGAGAAACAACUAAAGCCGUUUUCGCUACCGAUUUUUACAAGCAAAGUGAAAAAUUUACAUCUUUUUCCAACAUACAGUGAAUUAGAAUAUGGCUUAGCUCCUAACUCCAAUGAAAUGUUCUAUUUGCAAGAAAUGCUUGUGCCAUUGCAGUUUUGUAUGCCCCAAUAUUUUAAACCUAUUCCACAGGUUUUGAAAGAGUUUGACUAUGAAAGAAAAAGCUUUGAAAAUUCCUAUUACAAAAGCCUAAAACGAAACCAUAGGCGAUUUGUUGCGUUAAACGUCAACAAGGUCGAGCUAAUAAGCAAAUCAAGAAAAAUCGAUUUAAGUAUUUUUGGAAAACUUAGCGGCAAAAUAGCUGAAUUCACUUUCCAACCGGAAAUGCUUCAUGAAGAAAAUGCCAGCUGUAAGAAAUCCGUAGAUGGGUUAGCCAUUAUUCGCAAUAAACGAAGAAAUUUUACGUGUCUUCAAUUAUGCCGGGAUAAUAAAGAACUUUCGGAGAAAAUUAUCAAGUUGAUAAAUAUUACGAAUAAACAGGAUGCCAGGUUGGAUUUGAAUGGUUCACCUAGUGUAAGCAGCCAGUCAAGCAGCCCAAAUUGUUCAGAACAUUCCAGUUCAUCACAAAAUGAAGAAAAUAAUUUUAAUUCAACAGUUAUAGACCAAAGCAAAACUCUGGACUAUUUUAAUGGAAUACAAAAUUAUGAGGAUUCUUUAUCACUUGGCUCUUCAGAUUUAAAUAUCUUCGAUAAUCCAAAUGCAUUUAACAGCGAAUGCUCAGGAUCAAACCAUCAGACAGGUUCUAAUAGCAGUUCACCUCUUAGUCCUGAAACGUUUUCUUCAAUAUUGCACUCAAAGAUAGAGAAUUGGAAGGAAAUUUCUGAUGAUUGCAAUGAAGACGAGGCCACUCAAACGUCCGACCCAUCUGUUGCCGCAUCUUGGCACCUAAAUAACCCCUUUCGAGAAUAUUUAAUGACUCCAGUCGAAGGGCAAAAUUGUUGUGCGACUAAUUCCUCAUCCAAUCAGGAAUCAAGCAUGAAAAAUACCGCUGCUUCUCGUAGUCUAUCGCUUGCAUCUCUAGUGUCUUCGGAAUCCGAUUACAAAGAGUUUGUGCCAAGAUCUGCACGAAUUUGUGGUGAUGAUUCUUCUCCAACGGCACUGGUACAAUAUAAGACACAAAUGCCCGAAAUCGAGUUAUGUGAUCGUAUAAACCAGGUUGAAAUUGCCCCGAUAGUGGAUCAGGCGAUCAGCUUGGGCGAGUCCACAGAGAUAUCUUCUAACGAAACCAUCGACUCAUGCAAUUAUCCUCUUAAUGCAUCGCUCAACUACUUAGCGCAAAUGCUUGAAUCAGCAUCACGCACAUCUAGGAGCCAAGGUACUGUUCAGUGGCCAUUAAUAGUUAUUUACGUAACCAGUAGGAUAUUAAUGUUAUUAACGCACGCAUUUGAAGAUUUGCACUAAUUAGUUUAAUCACAUAAGUGCGUUAAUAAUAUAAUAUCCUACGUGUUACGUACAAUAUCUACAACUAUAAC